AAAUUUUCCAAGCCCACAAGCAACCACGUGAACAGCACAACACACACGACACACCGCGCGCCCAGAGCACCAUAACCCACGCACACCCUGCUGAUAUCGCCGAGGUUGACGUUCAUCCAUUCAUUCCUUGUAACCCCCGCCUCUUUCAACUACCCCCCACAACACACAACCGCCACCAUGGGAGACGAACCAGAUCAUGGAGUUGAGAUGUGGAAGAUCAAGAAGCUGAUCAAGCAGCUCGAGGCCGCGAGAGGCAAUGGCACCAGCAUGAUCUCCCUCAUCAUCCCUCCCAAGGACCAGAUCCCGCGUGUGCAGAAGAUGCUUGCGGAUGAGUACGGCACAGCAUCCAACAUCAAGAGCCGAACGAACAGGUUGUCUGUGCUCGGCGCCAUCACAUCUGUGCAGCAGAGGUUGAAGCUGUAUUCCAAGGUGCCCGACAACGGCCUGGUGGUGUACUGCGGCACCAUUGUCACGGAGGAAGGCAAGGAGAAGAAGGUCAACAUUGACUUUGAGCCCUUCAGGCCCAUCAACACAUCGCUGUACCUGUGCGACAACAAAUUCCACACAGAGGCGCUCUCCUCCUUGCUUGAGGACGACUACAAGUUUGGCUUCAUUGUCAUGGAUGGCCACGGGUCCCUCUUUGGCACCCUCUGCGGCAACACCCGCGAAGUCCUGCACAAGUUCUCCGUCGACCUGCCCAAGAAGCACGGCCGCGGUGGUCAGUCUGCCGUUCGUUUCUCGCGUUUGCGCACGGAGAAGCGCCACAACUACGUGCGAAAGGUCGCCGAGGAGGCCGUCCGCCACUUUAUCACAAACGACAAGGUGAACGUCACGGGUCUUGUCCUCGCCGGUUCUGCCGACUUCAAGUCAGAGCUCAGCAAGUCAGACAUGUUCGACCCUCGCCUGCAGGCGAAAGUGAUCAAGCUUGUUGAUGUGUCGUACGGCGGAGAGAACGGAUUCACGCAGGCGAUUGACCUUGCGGCGGAGUCGCUGGCGGACGUCAAGUUUAUCCAGGAGAAGCGCCUCAUUGCGCAGUACUUUGACGAGAUUGCCCAGGACACGGGCAAAUACUGCUUUGGCGUCGGCGACACCAUCAAGGCCCUCGAGCUCGGUGCUGUUGAGAAGCUGAUUGUGUGGGAGAACCUUGACGUGUCGCGGUUUGAGCUGAAGAACCCCUCCACAGAGGCCAUCACCGUCGUCCACCUCCGCCCAGACCAGGAGCAGGAGAAGUCGCACUUUGUCGACCCGGACGGGACGGAUCUUGAGAUUGUGUCGAAGGAGCUGCUGAUUGAGUGGUUCUCUGAGCACUACAAGGAGUACGGCACCUCCCUCGAGAUUAUCACAGACAAGUCCCAGGAGGGCUCCCAGUUCUGCAAGGGCUUUGGCGGCAUUGGCGGCCUGCUUCGUUACCGCGUCGACUUCACCAUGAUGGAGUACGAGGGCGAGGACUAUGACGACGAGGACCUCGACGGUUACUUCUAAGCUCCCAAACCCAGCCACCGCAACCACACCCACCGCAACCACACCCACCGCAACCACGGCCACCGUAGCAAUAGCCACCGCAACGCCAACCACAGCAACCACUGCAAUUACACCCACGUCAACCAGCCCCUCUCCCCGCUUUGCACACGCAACUUUGCAUCACUACCUCGUGUCCGACAUUGUGUGGUGAAGGAAAGUGAGGCUGACUGACUGAUUGUUGUCGGACAUUGUGCCACUCGAUUGUCGCUGGGCUCGUGGUUGCACACUUGCGCUGUUUCUUUCUCCUUGCCCCCCUCCCUUCUCUCUGCUCCCCCGCCCUUAUUUCGGGUUUUCUUGUCUCGUUCUCCGUUUGCUUCUCCUUUGUGUGUGGCUCUCUUCUUAGAAUCAAGCUGUGGUAGUGAUGUGACACGAUGAUAAUGUUCGUGUGCGUAUUGUGAUAUGAAGCGUCGUUCUUGCCUUGCAUGAAUGGCCAAGGAUCGUGUGAUGUUUUGUUUGUGUUGUCAUCUUUUCGUUCCUUCUCCUACCCUCUUGUUCUUCAUUGGUGUCGUUUUGGUGAUGACGCUGAAUGUGUUUGUGCGCGUUUCUGCUCUCUGAAACUUCGGCGACAACAAAGUAACCAAAGUACACCCCUUUAAGGCACA